UUCCAAUUUAAGAAUUAAAUUCAAAUUCAAAGUGAAAGAGAAAUUAAAAGAAGAAAAAAUUUUCUUUUCUCUAAAAAGAAAACAAAUGAAUCAUAUGUUCGUUCCCAUGGUUACCAUAGAUUUUGAGUUAACAUGGAAAAGGUUUUUGUCACUGUUGGAACCACAAAAUUUGACCAGUUGAUCAAUAAACUGUUGGAAAACGAGACAAUUAAGCUAUUGGAACUUCUUGGUUGCCGGAAAUUGGUUAUUCAAAAAGGUUUUUCUCCAGGGGAAAUAUUUUCUUCUUCCAUUAAAUCAACCGGUAUUGUUGUUGAGAUCUUUGAUUACGCUCCGAGCAUAAUUAAUCACAUUAAAGAAGCUGAUUUUGUUAUCGGCCAUUCAGGAGCUGGUACAGUUCUUGAUGUUCUUAGGUGUGGUAAACCUCUUCUUGUUGUGAUUAAUGAUUCGUUGAUGGACAAUCAUCAAACUGAAUUAGCUGAUAAAUUGUCGUCUCAAAAUUACCUUAAAAGUUGCACAGUUUCUGAUCUAUUAACUGCUUUGCAAUCAUUCAACGUUAACAGUAUCAACAAAUUUCCUUCUCCUGAUUUUGAUAAAUUUCCUACAUUUUUGGAUUCCCUUUUUUAG